UCGAGUUGACGCAGCCAUUAUACUUGGAUUAUUCUUGUUAGAUAUCAAAACCAUUUUGCCUGCAAAUUUAUUCUAUAGGCUGUAGCCAUGGGCGUUUACAACAAUCCAUGGUUCAUUGUUUAUGUUGUCUUGGUAUGCUUAUAUUUCCAGUUCCAGAUCUCUUCUGCUGUUGAUAAAAUCUCUGGAAACCAGUCUCUAUCAGGUGAUCGAACCAUUUCAUCUGAAGAAGGGAACUUUGUAUUGGGUUUCUUCAAGCCAGGUAACUCCUCAAACUACUACAUAGGAAUUUGGUACAACACAUUGUCUGAACUGACAGCUGUUUGGGUAGCAAAUAGAGAUAAACCAGUUUCUGAUAAAUACUCUUCCCAGCUAAGAAUAUCAGAUGGUAAUUUAGCUCUAUUUAAUGAAUCAAAUACUCUAAUAUGGUCAACGGAUUUGAAGCCUACGACUUCAAGCUCUUUGGAAGCUGUGCUUCUGGAUGACGGAAAUUUUGUUUUGAGAGAUGGGACGAAUUCAUCAGACCAACUCUGGCAGAGUUUUGAUCAUCCAACCGAUACAUUUCUCCCUGGUUGUAGGCUUGGAUUCAACAAAAUCACCAAAACAAGCACGCGUCUUAUUUCAUGGAAAAACAAAGAUGAUCCUGCACCAGGACUCUAUUCUAUUGAGGUGGACCCAAAUGGAACCAGUCAAUUUUACAUUUCGUGGAAUAGGUCUAAAAUUAUGUGGACUAGCGGUAAUUGGGACGGACAAAGAUUCAGCUUACUUCCUGAAAUGAGAUUGAAUUAUAUAUUUAACUAUACUUAUGUUGACAACGAAAAUGAGAGGUAUUUCGUCUAUUCUCUGUACAACAGUUCUAUUAUAUCUCGACUCAUCAUAGAUGUUGGAGGGCAGAUUCAACAACUUUCAUGGUUAAAGUCCGCCAAGCAAUGGAAUUUGUCUUGGAGUCAGCCAAGGGUUGAAUGUGACUUGUAUGCCUACUGCGGGUCAUUCGGGAGUUGCAAUUUGAAAUCCAAGCCUCUUUGUCAUUGUUUGUCAGGUUUUCAUCCAAAAUCAGAAGAAGAGUGGAAUUCGGAGGUUUACAAUGGUGGGUGCGCAAGGAAAACCAUUUUGCAGUGUGGGAAUUCUAGUCUUAUUAAUGGGAAGAGUGACCAAUUUUUGGCAAGUCCCGACAUGCUAUUGCCAACAAAUCCACAGCCAUGGGCACUAGCAAAGGAGAAAGCACAGGAAUGCGGAUCCACUUGCUUGAGUGACUGCUUAUGUACUGCUUAUGCUUAUGAUGGCACUCACUGUUCAUUUUGGCAUGGAGAUCUCCUGGAUCUUCGACAACGUGAAGAUGGUGACCCCAAUGGACAAACUCUCUAUGUCAGGCUUGCAGCGUCUGAAUUCUCAAAUUCUAAAAGUAAAGAGAGACUUAUUGUGGUAGUUGUAGGUUCAAUGGUUAUUGUAAUUGUCCUAGGCCUGCUUCUAUUAGUAAUCCUGAGGAGGACAAAGAUGAGAAAAAUAGAAAAGGUAUCAGGAAGUCCAUCCGAGAUCAAAGACAGUAUUGCAGCUGAAGGAGGACAAGACAAUCCACAACUGGUUUUUUUCAGCUUUAAAACUAUAUUAGCCGCGACAAGCAACUUUUCCGAAGCACAAAAACUAGGAGAGGGUGGGUUUGGCCCUGUUUAUAAGGGAAAUCUGCCUGGUGAUCAAGAAAUAGCCAUAAAAAGGCUUUCAAGAAAAUCAGGACAAGGGCUUGAGGAAUUCAUGAAUGAGUUGAAACUUAUUGCCAAUCUCCAACACAAGUAUCUUGUAAGACUCUUGGGUUGUUGUGUUGAAAGGGAGGAGAAGAUACUGAUAUACGAGUACAUGCCCAAUCGAAGUUUGGACAAAUUUCUUUUUGAUCCAUCUCAAAAGGCAAAACUGGUUUGGGACAAACGCCUCAACAUAGCAGAAGGCGUAGCUCAAGGACUCCUCUACAUCCAUAAGUUCUCUAGAAUGAAAGUCAUUCACAGGGACCUAAAGGCAAGCAAUAUUUUGUUGGAUGAAGCAAUGAACCCCAAAAUUUCAGACUUUGGAAUGGCAAGGAUUUUUGGCAUAAAUCAAACUGAAGCAAAUACCAAUCGUGUGAUGGGCACUUAUGGUUACAUGUCGCCUGAGUAUGCAUUUUCUGGGAAAUUUUCUGAGAAAUCAGAUGUAUUUAGCUUUGGUGUGUUCCUGUUGGAGAUAGUGAGUGGAAGGAGGAACACAAGCUUCCAUCGCAGUGGACUUUCAUUAACCCUUCUCAGUUGGGCAUGGGAACUAUGGAAAGAAGGAAACGAAGCGGAGAUAAUAGAUCCAUCCAUGAACGGUACAUGCCGUCCUGAAGAAGCUGUGAGAUUUAUCCAAGUGGGUCUGUUGUGUAUUCAAGAGGAUCCAACUGAUAGGCCAACAAUGUCUUCGGUGGUUCUCAUGUUGAGCAGUGAUACUCAGACGCUUCCGUCGCCCAAAGAACCAGCAUUUCACUCUCGCAGAACUGUUGAAAGUUCUUCUCCAAGGCCAAACUCUUGUUCCAAGAAUGAAAUGACUAUCAGCUUGCCUGAAGGUCGAUAGGGGCUCUAUCUUUUCAAUGACAUCUCUAAUAAAGAUGCAGUUGAACAGAAAUGACUUGGGAUUUUUAUUGGUAAAAUAAUAUCUGAGAGAUCCAAUCGUCAUGGAGUAAACGGACCAAU